UGUUAAUUGCUUCAGUGCAAGCUCUACGACAAACGCCAGUUAUCGGUCGGGUGACAAUGUUUCGCCUAAGCAAUUUCUUUCUAGUCCUCAUUUUGUUUGGAGUUUCUCCAGGAGCAAAGUUUGUUCGGGUUUCCAAAGCCGAACAAAACAAAGCUCUAAAAGCAUCUCUCCUGAAAAGAAGUACGAGACACUCUAACAUGGCCAGGUCAAUUUGGGAUCGCAGCUGUACCCUUCCUUUGGGAAUGGAAAGCGGAUAUCUCCCAGACAGUGCUUUAUCAGCAUCGUCCUCUUACAGCGCUAACGAAAUCCCUCAGUUUUCCCGCCUUAAUAAGAUCCCAGCUAAGGGUAAGGCUGGGGCCUGGUGCGCUAAAAGUAACAAUCACCACCAAUGGCUGCAAGUUUUUUUUGGACGUGAGACCACAGUGACUAAGGUGGCGAUUCAAGGGAGGUAUGAUUGUUGCAGUCAAAGGGUGACAAGCUUCAAAUUGUCUUACAGUUCAGAUGGAAUUCACUGGGCCUGGUACCGACUCUCUGAUGGACAAAUCCAGGUAUUUGGAGGAAAUGCAGAUGGAAACACUCCAGUGUACAACUUCCUCCAUCCUCAUAUCGAAGCCAUAUAUGUACGGUUCCAUCCGUGGACUUGGCACAAUCAUAUUUCCAUGAGAGCAGAGGUUUACGGAUGCAACGCUUAUCACUGCCAGAUGUCGCUUGGAAUGGAAGAUGGCCGCAUCAAAGACAGUGCAAUGUCCGCCUCCUCAUCCUACAGCGCAUAUCAUGUCGCCAAAUUGGGCCGAUUAAACCUUGUGCCACCAUCUGGUUAUGCCGGAGCCUGGUGUGUAAAGACCAGAGAUACCCACCAAUGGAUCCAAGUGGAUCUUGGCAGACCAUCUACUGUUACCAAAGUCGCCACACAAGGGAGACAAGACUGCUGUGAUCAAUGGGUGACAAGCUAUGCUGUUUCCUACAGUCUUGUGAGCCCCUAUUGGGUCUACUACAUGAGCCAUGGGAAAAAGAUGGUAUUUCCUGGAAAUUUCGAUCGCCAUUCCAUUGUUACUCAUGAGUUUGUGCCGGCAUUCCACGCACGUCGUGUCAAAAUCCAUCCACUAUCCUACCACAAAUGGAUAAGCAUGCGCAUUGAGUUAUAUGGCUGUCCCAUAAAGGGAAUCUAAAGAUGACUCGUCGUUUAAAGAUGAAAACAAGCAGACAAGAAAAUGGUCUGGUGACUAAAGACAGCCUUUUCCUUCAGGAAAACAGUUUACCGUUACUUUUUCAUUAAACAUUGAUUAAAAAGA